CCCGCGCCCCGGUCCCUCGGCGAAGCCCGUCGGAUCCGGCCCCGCUCUGCGUCCCGGGGCGCGCUGCCUCCCAGCCCGAGACCCCGCUCCGGGGCUCCUGUUCCAGUACUCUCGCCUGCUCAGUCUUCCCCGCCUCCGCCCUCCCGCUGCCCCCACCUCCUUCUGUCCGGACGCCCCUCUUCCCCCUCGGCUCCUGUCACUCGGAACCGGAAUCCGUGCCACCAUCUCCGGGUCCGGCCGCCUCCCAGCCUGUGCCAUCCCACAGGUGUCCGCACGUCCGGCCGUCCAUCCGUCCGUCCCUCCUGGGGCCGGCGCUGACCAUGCCCAGCGGCUGCCUCUGUCUACAUCUCGUGUGCCUGUUGUGCAUCCUGGGGGCACGCGUUCAGCCUGCCCGAGCGGAUGACUGCAGCUCCCACUGUGACCUGGCCCACGGCUGCUGUGCGCCUGACGGCUCCUGCAGGUGUGACCCAGGCUGGGAAGGGCUGCACUGCGAGCGCUGUGUGAGAAUGCCUGGCUGCCAGCAUGGUACCUGCCACCAGCCCUGGCAGUGCAUCUGUCAUCUGGGCUGGGCAGGCAAGUUCUGUGACAAAGAUGAGCACAUCUGUACCACGCAGACCCCCUGUCAGAAUGGAGGCCAAUGUGUCUACGACGGGGGCGGCGAGUACCACUGUGUGUGCCCCCCAGGCUUCCAUGGGCGUGACUGCGAGCGUAAGGCUGGACCCUGUGAGCAGGCAGGCUCCCCAUGCCAGAACGGCGGACAGUGCCAGGAUGACCAGGGCUUUGCUCUCAACUUCACCUGCCGCUGUUUGGCGGGCUUCGUGGGUGCCCGCUGUGAGGUCAAUGUCGACGACUGUCUGAUGCGGCCUUGUGCCAAUGGUGCCACCUGCCUAGAUGGCAUAAACCGCUUCUCCUGCCUCUGCCCUGAGGGCUUUGCUGGACGAUUUUGCACCAUCAACCUGGAUGACUGUGCCAGCCGUCCAUGCCAGAGAGGGGCCCGCUGUCGGGACCGUGUCCAUGACUUUGACUGUCUCUGCCCCAGUGGGUAUGGUGGCAAGACUUGUGAGCUCAUCUUAUCCGUCCCAGAUCCUGCCACCACCACGGACAUCCCCCCGGGGCCCACCUACGCUGCAGUGAUCCCUGCCACAGGGCCUGCCCCCCACAGCGUGGGGGCGGGUCUGCUGCGCAUCUCAGUGAAGGAGGUAGUGCGGAGGCAAGAAGCUGGGCUAGGCCCAUCUAGCCUGGCGGCCAUGGUGAUAUUUGGGGCCCUCACUGCUGCCCUGGUCUUGUCCACUAUGAUGCUGACCGUGAGAGCCUGGCGCCAGGGUCUCUGCCCCCCGGAACCCUGUUGCUACCCUGCCCCCCACUACGUCCCGGCGCGCCAGGACCAGGAAUGUCAGGUUAGCAUGCUGCCAGCAGGGCUCCCCCUGUCGCCUGACCUGCCCCCUGAGCCUAGAAAGACCACAGCACUGUGAUGGAGGUGGGGGCUUUCGGCCCCCGCCUUCACCUCCUCAGCUUCUCAGACUGCAGUAGGCCUUUUCUCGCCACCCCUCUCCUGGGGUAUACACACGGAGGGACCUCAGCCUCACACUAGAAAUAUUAUUUUUUUAAUACAUAGGAUGUAAGAUGGAAAUUUUAUCAAAUAAAACUAUGAAAGUGCA